ACUGUUCCUUUAAAAGAUUAUGAAAGACGUAAUUUCAUUUAACUGCGUGUUACAUGUAGUGUUCAACAAGGGUAUUUAAACGUAAAAGCUAUCAACUGACUUACUUUAAUUUUAACUUUAAUAACGAAUUUUAGUUUUUGAUACUUUUGUUUCGGGUGGAUAUUGAUCUGUCGUUACAACCAAGAAUGAAGAUUCUGUCAAUUCUUUUUGUGUUAUGGAUUUCAUAAAUUUCAUGUUUUAACAGAUGGUCAUCUCAGGACAAUGCGGAAUACAGAGAAGAGAUACUAGUUGAAAUAUCACAAGGUCUACGAACAAGAAGAUCAAGCGACAGCAGCUUUCAUCCGCAGACUUAUGACCUUCACCUAAAAGUUGAAAGGACACAAGUCAAUUUUCAUUUAGAACGGAAUGAUGACAUCAGAACGAAUGUUCCAACCAUAACAUUGAGACAUGGGAUGCUUACAGGCACAAACCUUCAAGAAGAAAAGGUGUCCAUAUUUUAUCAAGAUAUUAAAAAAGGAGCAUCGUUUGUAGUACAACAGAACACAAAACAGUCAGAAAGUAUGUUUGGUACUUUCAAUUCUGGUGGUUACAGUUUUAUCCUCAAAAGUCCAGAUGAAAUAUUUUCUUCACUGCAUUCCGGCAGCAACACAUUUGAAAUAAUUAAAGAAAUUAGAAAUCAAACAGAAUUUGGAGAUGGAUUACAAUCCGGUGAUAGAUUGAAAGGUUUACCAGUAAGAAAACGCCAUCGAAAGAAAAGAGCCACCGGAUUGAACCAAAUAGAACUCUUAAUAUUUUGUGACUAUUCUAUUUAUGAUUAUUGGUACCGUCAAAGUAAGGCGCCAACAACUUCUGAAAAGAAGACUGAUGCGCUAACAUCCGUCCGUCAAUAUUAUGCCUUUGUAAUAAAUGGGAUGGAUGCUAUGUAUAAGAAUAUCAAUACGUCUGCCUAUACAAUAUCGGUCUUAUUUGCUGGGAUAAUUAUAUCAUAGACACCUGAUGACGCCCCAUGGACCGAAAGUAUUAAAAAUAUAACUGUUACACCAAACGCAGUUGAUGCAAUGCAAUGCAUAUACAAAUUCAAUGAAUGGAUUAUAGCAAAUACAUCACAUUUACCGGAAAGAGACCAGUCUAUGUUGUUCACAAGAUAUGACUUAGUAUAUGAAGGAUCAACUUCAAAAGCGGGACUAUCCUGGGUAGGUGACAUUUGUGGUGAUUAUAGUCAAUCUAUCGUACAGGAGAGGUUUAAUUUUAUUGUCAUAACUGUAGCAGCACAUGAACUAGGACACAGUCUGAGCGCCAUGCAUGAUGGUGAUGGAAACUCAUGCAAUGGAACCGAUGCUUAUAUAAUUGCCUACUCAAAUAGUCCUCAACAAGACCCGAAUAAAGCAACAAAUCCAUGGAAAUUUUCUACAUGCUCAAUAGAUUACUUCACAUCAAAGAUAGAUACACUUGAUUCGUCAGGCAAUAAUUGUAUAAAGACAUUGGGAACCAAUUUCGACCCGACUGCACUGGCACCAUACAACCAAUCAUUAGCAGGACAAUUGUAUGAUGCGGACGCCCAGUGUGUUCACAUUUACGGGAACAGUUCAUAUAUGUGUAGGGGACAAUACAAUGGUAAAUAUGAAUCAAUAUGCAGUGUACUGUGGUGCUAUAAUCCAGAUGAAACAUCGUGCCGCUCAGCAAUAGCAGGAAGUGGCACACUUUGUGGCAAUCAUAAGUGGUGUGUUUCUGGAGAAUGUACAUCAGAUAUCAAUGCUCCAGCUGGGAAUGUCAACUGUUUAUACGGCGACGAUAGAGGGCCAAUAUCCAGUAAUGGGUGGACAUGUGCUGACAUGUACGCUUAUGCACCUAACUAUUGUGAAAAUGUGCCAGUAAUAUGUUGUGAUACUUGUUACUCGGAAACGACCACUGUUGCAAUCAUGACGUCGCAAGGGGAUGGGACUAUUCGAAGCACAAUGCAGACAACGGAUAAUUUAGGUAUGAUGUAAAGCCAUUAUUAUUAACAAAAAAAUAACAUUUCCGGACAAGUCAUUGAAACUAAAUGCCAUAUUGUUUUGUCAUGUUUUAAUUAAAAUUGUUUUGAAUUGCUCUACCCCGACUCAUAUUUUGGAUGGGUAGGUAGGAAAACAUUUUAUUUUAUUCUAAUUACGAGUGAAAAUUUUUAAAGUUGAACAAUUGACACAAGAGUUAUGCCGUCUAACCAUUUACGUAUCGUUUUGAGUGUAUUAUUGUGUGUUUGAAUUCCUAGUUGUUAAGGAACAAGAAACCAUAAUGUUUUGAUCACUAAUCAUCACAAUGUUUUGUGUUGCACUUACAGAGAUGUAUAAACAUAUACAUUUAUAUUUAUAAGGUAUAAUUCUGUAUGAAAUGAGCUUGCUUUCUUACAUCUUUAUUCUACAUGUUGGUAUUUAAUCAUUUUAUCGUUUUCUAAAGUGUAUGCACCUUGUAAUCCUUAACCAAUAGCUUGCUAAAUAGCUUGUAUCAUAACUGUAUGGAGAACAUAUAACAGUGUAUUAUGAAAUAAUCUACUAAGUUAGUAUACGCACAAUAUGUAGGAAGAAUUAGUGCAGUAGUUCAUCUUACAUUUUUGUAUAGCAGUGUACAUGUACAUAAUAUAUAAAACCAAAUAACUAUUUAUGAAAUAUUUUCAUUGAUCAUUCAUCAUUAUCCUAUUGAAAACUAAUGGUUGGUUUAAUUAAUACCUCCUCCCAUGUGUUUUCAUGAGUUAUGAAUGUGCAUAUCUUUGGAAUUUGUUUUUUUUUAAUGAUUUGUUUGCAGAUCUGAACAGUUUGAAUAGGAAAAAAAUAUACAUAUGAAACACCUUUGUGGUGUUAAAAAUAUUACAUAUCUAGUAUGAUUGAAUAAUGUUUAUAAACAGCAAAGUAAUUCGAAACAUCAGUUCUGAAUCGAAUGUCUCUUAUAUUUAUAUGUAGACUAAGUAAUUAAAAUUAUGAAUUGUUUUAUCUACAUUAUAUUAAAUAUGUAUCAUCUUGUCAAAUGAAAAUCUAGACUUAAUUAUAAACGUAUUCAGUGAACAAAACGGUUCCUUUGAAUUUACAUUUGUGAAUGUAAUCAGAUUUAACAUGUUUUAGGUAUAAUAUUUUGUCCAUUGUCUAAUGUUUGAUAGUAACAUUUAGUUGUAUUAUACUUUGUUACUGGAAAUUAAUGUAGUAUAUUUUAUUGUAACAGGAUAUCCUACAUCUUUCAUUUCCGAAAAAAUCAACGAUCAAAGUAAUAGGAAAAUCUAAUAAGACGUUACCAGAUCCAACCCCAUAACUGUCUAAAAAUUGUGUAAUGAAACGGGGACCAACAUACCUCUCGUUUAAUCAAGUUCCACGCAGGAUAAAAAGAGGUUAUAGAAGACAAUUCUUAUAUGAUAGUCAGGUUUCAAACCAUACAGAGGCAAAUGACUACCAUAAAAACUGUAGGAGGUGCUAGAAGACCAAGAGAGGCAAAUUGCAUCGACCUCAGAUGCAGAAAAUAUUCCAAUUAAAAGGACGACGAAAUUUCGAGAUAUCGUAAUGGCUUUCAAUGAGCUUUUCUAAUAAGUGAUUAUCAGCCAAGAGCAAUUAGAAAAACGGAGAACAAUACAGAAUAGAGGUUUAUAGACGCAGCGACAAUAUACACAAGUAACAAUUAUGUUUCAUGUCUUACCAGAAACAAAUGUAAAUAUAAAUAAUACAACUGUCAAUAAUACCAUAACUUCAAAUAAUACACAAGUUAUGAAGGCUGGAGACAUGCCAAUAUUUGAUACAAUUUAGAAAAUGUUCUGCUUUUGGACCGCUACACCAAUGGUGGCAUUUUGUCAUGCACUUAACCAUAUUUCACUCUUUGUUAGAAAUACUGUAUUUUAUUUAGACAUUGAUGUAUGAUACAAGUAAUGGUACUUUUGUUUAAAUGGGAUACACAAAAGAACCGUACAUAAAGUAUCAUCAUCAGCGUUUUAAAUAGUUUUUUAUCGGGCAAAAAUAUAUUUUAUUCGAAUAUAUUUUUAAUUAAAACAAGGCCGGAUGGGUGUGCAGAAAACACUAAGCUCAUUUUCUAGUAAGCCAACUGAAAUUAUAAUUGGUAAAACAACUUAGGAUUUGCAUUCAUCUGUUGAUACCAUAAUCAUGCAAAACCGACUAACAUAAAAGGAGGAAUAUAGACAGAACUUCAAAAUGUAACUGGAGGUGAGGGUGUUGACCUUUCCCAGAUACUGGUAGGCUGUGGUGUUCUCCUGGAUAAAAUGUGUUUAUUCAUAGCACUGACGGAGUAGAACUUUACAUUGCCUUAGCCAGGUACACAACAGUUGUAUAAGACCUGUAAGGCAAAGUAAAAUCACAGAAAUACUGAACUCCGAGGAAAAUUCAAAAAGGAAAGUCCCAAAUGAGUGGAUGAGUAAGAGUUAGUGGAUACGCGAGAUAGUCGAUUCCCGAAAGUGAGUGGAUGAGCGAGUAGGUGAGUGGAUGAGCUAUCGAAAGUGAGUGGCUGAGCGGUUUAAUCAGUGAGUGAGUUAAAGAACGACUGACUGAGUGAGCGAGUGAGCAUGUGCGUGAUCGAAUAUGCGACGAAGUGAAUGGAAGUUGGUGGAUGACCAAGUAAAACUGAAUGAGUGAGAGAGUGAAUACCCGAAAAUGAGUGAAUGAAGGAGUAAAUUUUUUUUAUCUAAGUUUCAACAAUGACAAUUUAUUUUAUUCAGUCAAAUCCAGCUAGGACCGCGAUAAAUAUCAAUACAUAGUAUAAAUAAAUACACCGAGAGCGAAUAGAACACGGACCAACUGGUAGUUGUCCUGAGUAAACAUGGCGAAACUUGUAGUAUUAAGUAGUAAAAUAGCACAAUGAAACAAAGUGAUCGGAGAUCUGAAAACUAGGCAACUUUGACAAAUCCGAUUGGUCCUGGUAAACGGACGUUCACAUACACCUCAUAUUGCAACAUUUAAAAUAACGCAAUUUGAAAAAUGAUAUAUACAACGAUAUAUAUAAACGGAGUGAAUAAGUUGGAAACUGAAUAAAGGAGCGUGAGUGAAUGAGCGCGUAAGUGAGCAAGAGAGUGGUUGCAAAACUGAGUGAGUGAAUGGGCGGGAAAGGUGUGAAUGACCAAGUAAAUCACUGAAUGAACUGGAUAGGAAGUGAAUAAGUGUGAAUUAUUGGGAGUUAGAGACGCUGCGAACUGUGACAUAGUUGUGCAUGAGUGCUAUGAGUUUAUUAUCUGUUCAUAAGUUAUUGUUGUCAAAUAUAUUGAUAGUCAAGCCAUAACAAUUGAUUGUUCUAAUAACAUGUAGAUUUAGAUUAUACAUAUAAAUGAUAAUGUUAAAGGAUAUAGGGUAGGGGGUACAUGUUUAUAUGAAAGCAAACCAACAUCAGAUUAGAAUACCGGUAUACGUGUGAAACCGUUUUCAUUGUGUCUUCAAUAGAAUGUGUAAGAUGAUUCCGAUAAAUUUAUGUGUUACCAUGUGGAUCUUCUUCAUUCAAUGCUCAUGAAAUCAGAUAGAGAUAGCAAACUAUGCUACAACCACGGGACUACUUAACAUGUAAUGCGUUGUAGGGAUGAGCUGCUGAAAUAGGUUGGUCACUUUUCCAAGAUUCAUGAUGUAUGAUAAGGGUAAUGUAAUUGCAUGUGCAAGAAAAUGAACCGCCUAGCAUUAGUUUUCCUUUUUGUGGGAACAUUAUGUGAAAUAGUGGUUAUAGAAAAACAAAAAGACAGAAUAUUUAGAAGUCAUGUGCUGUUUGAGGUAUCUAUGCCGAUGUGGUCACUGUGUGCACAGUUUUGCUCUAGAGUACCAGUAUGCAAAUCUAUUAACUUUAUAGCAAGGAGUAAAACUUGCCAAGUUAAUGCCGCUGAGCCCAGAGAAGCUAUUAGUGAACUCCACGAGAGCGUUGGAAACAGCUUUGUUGCGUCUUCGACUUUUCCAAAGGAACUAGCUGGUUCAUGCCAAGGCCAUGGCUGUCAGCUAAGCGAAGUGUGUAUUCCAAAGGCAACAACAUAUUCAUGCAUCCCUUUGAUUAAACAGUUUCAUGAAAGAAGAACACGAUAUCCUACAACUGACGAUCUUGAAACAAAACAGACAAACGGAAAUUCUCAACGUAGUACAUCAGAUGUUCUUCCAAGUAGCACACAUAUAUCAACAACAGAAGAACUACCGACAACAACAGAAAAGACUACGGAUGCUAUCGGAUAUCCUACAACUGACGAUCUUGAAACAAAACAGACAAACGGAAAUUCUCAACGUAGUACAUCAGAUGUUCUUCCAAGUAGCACACAUAUAUCAACAACAGAAGAACUACCGACAAUAACAGAAAAAACUACGGAUGCUAUCGGAUAUCCUACAACUGACGAUAUUGAAACAAAACAGACAAACGGAAAUUCUGAACGUAGUACAUCAGAUUUUCUUCCAAGUAGCACACAUAUAUCAACAGCAGAAAUACUACAAACAACCACAGAAAAGACUACGGAUGUUAUCGGAUAUCCUACAACUGACGAUAUUGAAUCAAAACAGCCAAACGGACCUACUCAAUCUAGUACAUUAGAUGUUCUUCCAAGUAGCGAACAUGUAUCAACAACAGAAGGACUACCAACAAUAACAACAAAGACUACAGAUGUUAUCGGAUAUCCUACAACUGACGAUUUAGAAACAAAACAAUCACAAAGACCUUCUCAACGUAGUACAUCAGAUGUUCUGCCAAGUAGCACACAUGUAUCAACAACAGAAGGACUACCAACAAUAACAGAAAAGACUACAGAUGCUAUCGAAAUAUCUACUUUGAAAGUUAAUAAUGGCUUUACUAAUGGUUACUGGGGUAGAACAGAAUAUUGUGCACAAGGCCACUUUGCAAUAGGAUACUCGAUGAAGAUUGAAGCUUCUCAAGGUAGUUUUCGUGAUGAUACUGCGUUAAACGCGAUUCGUCUACAAUGCGGGAAACCUCAUUGGACCGGGAGUAGGGACUAUGGCAGUACUGUUAUCGGAGUAGAAGGUCCAUGGGGAGGAUGGACAAGCUCACAGUUAUGUCCUAAUGGUGAAGUUAUGGUGUCGUUUUCCCUUCAGGUUGAACAAAAGAUCAUUGCAGAUAAAACUGCUGCAAACUAUGUAAAAUUUAAGUGCAGAGACAUCGGCAGUGAUACUCUAGGUACCGUAUUAGGAGGUAGUGGAAAGUGGGGUUCAUAUGGUGCAUGGAGUGGGUAUUGUACAGUAGGGUCAGCCAUUUGUGGUCUACAAGUAAAGAUGGAGCCCGACCGGGGAGGAAUUAUAGACGACACUUCUCUCAACGAUGUUAUUUUUUGUUGUUGCAAGAACCAACUUUAACUUAAUAAUCGCAAGAAGUCUUUCCAUUCCGUAUAUCGUCAGGUUAUCGGAAUUCCAAUGGGGACUAACUGUGCACCACUUAUUGCGGACCUUUUUUUGUAUUGCUAUGAAUUACAACUUAUGACAAAAAUCAGCAAAGACCGAUCGAAACAACAUCUGAUACACAAAUUUAAUAAUACUUUUAGAUAUUUGGAUGAUAUUUUGGCUCUCAAUAAUGACGACUUCAGUAUGUAUACUAAAGAAAUUUAUCCUGUUGAACUUACUUUAAAUAAAGCUAAUACUAACAAUGA